AGCUCUUUAUAUACAUUACUUCAUCUAAUCGUGACAUUGUCCCGUGAACACCAUCUGACCAUUGGAGAAACUGAUGGGAGAGGCUCAGUGCUUGUUCAAAGUUCUAUUAGGCACCCUGCCUCAACUCGUCUUUCCUCACUCAUCCUCUUCUUGGAGCCACCUCUGGGACUGCAUGGGAAGACAGAGGUGUUUCAGACCCUGCAGCGGCUACACAUGACCAUCUUCUCCCAGAGUGUCUCGCCCUGUGGGAAGUUCCUGGCGGCUGGCAACAAUUAUGGGCAGAUUGCCAUCUUCAGCUUGUCCGCUGCUUUGAGUUCUGAGGCUAAAGAGGAAAGCAAGAAGCCUGUGGUGACCUUCCAAGCCCAUGAUGGGCCUGUCUACAGCAUGGUCUCCACUGAUCGCCAGCUGCUCAGUGCUGGGGAUGGGGAGGUGAAGGCCUGGCUUUGGGCAGAGAUCCUUAAGAAGGGCUGUAAGGAACUGUGGCGGCGUCAGCCCCCAUACAGGACCAGCCUGGAAGUGCCUGAGAUCAAUGCCUUGCUGCUCGCCCCCAAGGAGAAUUCCCUCAUUCUGGCUGGGGGAGAUUGCCAGCUGCACACUAUGGACCUUGAAACUGGGACCUUCACUCGGGCCCUCCGGGGCCACACUGACUACAUCCAUUGUCUGGCACUGCGGGAACGGAGCCCUGAGGUGCUGUCUGGUGGCGAGGAUGGGGCUGUGCGUCUUUGGGAUCUCCGCACAGCCAAAGAGGUCCAGACCAUCGAGGUGUAUAAGCACGAGGAGUGUGCAAGGCCCCAUAAUGGCCGCUGGAUUGGAUGUUUGGCAACAGAUUCAGACUGGAUGGUCUGUGGAGGUGGCCCAGCCCUCACUCUCUGGCACCUUCGAUCCUCCACUCCCACCACCAUCUUCCCCAUGCGGGCACCACAGAAACAUGUCACCUUCUACCAGGACCUGAUUCUGUCCGCAGGCCAGGGCCGCUGUGUCAAUCAGUGGCAACUGAGUGGGGAGCUCAAGGCUCAGGUGCCUGGCUCUUCCCCAGGACUGCUCAGCCUCAGCCUCAACCAGCAGCCAGCGGCCCCCGAGUGCAAGGUCCUGACUGCUGCGGGCAACAGCUGCCGAGUGGAUGUCUUCACCAACUUGGGUUACCGAGCCUUCUCUCUGUCCUUCUGAUAUCUGACGCCCUUCCCCAGCAAGCAGAAGGGGGUUGUAUUCGUUUUUCUUUUUAUGAUUAUGUUUUAUUAUUUUUUACAAUAAAGUUUCAAGCUUUUCUUCUAU